AUGAUACCCUCAUUACGGCCCAUGAAACACAUAGAUCGUAAAGAUCUCUAUACCAAUCUCGAAGCCCGCAUUCAGUAUCUACACACAUUCCUAGAUUUCAGCUCAAGGGAUAUACAAGCGCUUGAGGAUGGCUCCAAGUACAUUAAACAGCUCAUUCCCGCAAUCGUGAACAUCGUAUAUCACAAGCUGCUGCAAUACGAUAUCACAGCACGUGCUUUCCAGACGAGGAGCACCAGCUAUGAAGGGCCGGUCGAUCUGACCCUCGACGACAACAGCCCUCAGAUUCUGCACCGCAAGAAGUUCCUGCGUGCCUAUCUCGCCAAACUGUGCUCAGACCCCAGUACUCUUGAGUUCUGGGAGUACUUGGACAAAGUCGGCAUGAUGCACGUUGGCCGGGGGCGUGAACACCCUCUGCACGUGGAAUAUGUUCAUAUCGGCGCCUGUCUGGCGUUCAUCCAAGACACCAUCACCGAGGCCAUCCUGUCGCACCCGCGGCUGCGGAUGGACAGGAAGAUCGCCAUCGUCAAGGCCAUCGGCAAGGUGAUAUGGGUGCAGAAUGAUCUGUUUGCAAAAUGGUACGUCCGCGACGGCGAUGAGUUUGCCGAGGAGAUGGAGCAGCCCGAGAUCGAGAAGGAGGGCUACUUGAACGGCAAGAAGAUCCUCGUCGAUAUCGAGGAAGCUGCGUCUGCUUCGCCCAAGGCCGGUGUCUGCCCGUUUUCGGGCGUCAGAGGCGCCGAUGUGAGUUCCUGCGACGGGUGCGAGAACAAGGACGAUGACUGCGCGACUGUGAUAGCUGCGAAGAAGGAGGCCGAGAGCAAGUAG